GAUAAGUAGAUAUGUAGAUAGUAUACGUAAAGCAUUACAUGAUGCAUAAUUAAUACACCUAACGAAUAGACAAGUGAGACGAUGCCCAUACAGUAGUAUCUCGGCGGCCUUCCCUAUUGCUUCUAGAGCUGUUUAGGGAAUUGAUUGUCGUAAAUGGUACUCUGCACAAGUUUUUUUCUCAGGAUUUUCUUGGAUGGUUGGAACAUGCAUAUCUACGUCGUAUGUAUUGUAUUGUACAAUAGCGAACCGGGACCUGUGAUAGGUCAGUUUGACCGCUGGACCACAGGAGGAAGCGAGCCACACAAUUUGCAUAAUUCGUCCUUUUUUGCCAAAGCACUAAGUCGGUGGUGGUUGUGUUCGGCUGCAACAUUGCACAGCCAGUCGCUGAACGCCGUCCAGCCUGCGCGCGACGCGGAGUCCUCUGCGCCAGCCCAUGGUGCCUAUCCAGUAGAAGGACGUGAUGGAAUGCAGGUACGAAUGGCCAGGCGUCGCGCUAUGGAUCACAUUCGUCAUUCGGCGCCUUCACGAGAAAGACUGCGCUUAUAAUUAAGCCUCGGACAGCCUCUUGGACUUGUCGAUUGGAUCACGGACGGCUUGGUAUCAGAUGCUCCAUAGAACCCGGAACGAUAGCCGAUACAUAGGUAGCGAUUAAAAGGCUAUGAAAAGGCUAUGAAGCCAUGUAUUUCUCAGUCCCGAGAAGGCAAAAUAGACUACAGUGUAGGUAGUAGACUUAGACAAUCACAACUCGUGAUGAUGACGUUGACGGCCGGGAUAACCUCCCAUCGACACCACAACGCUGGGUUUCUGCAGAAACCCAAGGUGCAGCCAAACAAACGCUCCGCAAUUGAAAAUUCGCAAACCGCCGAUGAUUGGACUUCACUAAUAGGCUGUGAGCUGCUCAAUGAAGAAUUCAUCUAGGUGAGGUGAGCGUGGUAAGCAUGCGGUA